AUGUCAGAGCAGGCAGCUCAAGCCAACACAGUGAAUAAAAAGGCAUCAAUCUUUAAAAUUCUCCCACCAAGGCCAGCUAAAACUAACUUUUACAUUACAGACUUUUUUACGAACAUUGACGAAGUUACCAAGCCAACUUUUCUUGAAAGAAAUACUGCACGAUCCAAAAUCAUCAGCUUUCUUACAGGUUUUCAUGUACUAAACCCUACCACUUGUCUAGCUUUAAUAAUUCUUGGUCUUUUAACCUCGCUCUUUGCAUUUGGUAUUGAAUAUGCUACAUUGAAGCUUUUUGAAUUCAGAGAAUUUUGUUCAGAGACAGGCAUUAUGAGUCUUGAUCUCUUUAUAUGGGUAAUAUUUUCUUUGUUUUUUGGAUUCUGUGCUGCAUCAGUAGGAAAAUAUAUAAGUCAAGAUGCUGAAGGCAUAGGAAUUCCUGAAAUAAAAUCGAUUUUAUCAGGAGUUAGAAUUAACCGCUUUUUAAGCUACAGAAUUUUUUACGCAAAGGUCCUAGGCUUUAUUUCAGCAUGUGCUGCAGGAUUAAGUAUAGGCAGCGAAGGCCCAUACGUUCAUAUCUCAGGGAUUAUUGCAAACAAAUUGACAAAAAUUAAAAUUUUCAGGCAUCUGCGCGUUGUAAUAUUUUAUUUAGAAUCUUACGUUAAGAAAUCAAAUUCUAGGCGCUGCAGUAGCCGCUGGGAUUGCUGCAAAAUUUGGCUCGCCUAUAGGAGGAAUGCUAUUCAGUAUAGAGGUAACAGCGACUUAUUAUAUUGUCAAUAACAUGUGAAGAGGCAUUUUCUGCGCAAUUUGGUGCGUUAUUGGAUUUUGGAUUGUGAGAAGCGGGAAUGCGACAGAAUUUUUUGAAUUGACUAGUCUGCCUAGUAUUGAGCUUACCUAUGAAAUCUUCUUUUUUAUGAUUUUAGGGGUGAUUUCUGGGCUUCUAGGGUCUUUUAUUGUAUUUGCUACCAAUAAACUGACAUUUUACCGGACAAGAGCUUAUUUCCCAGCAAUUCAUAGCCGCUAUGUGUACACCCUUAUAAUUGUCUUGAUAAUCUCUAUCAUUACCUUUUAUAUUCCAUUUAUGCAUGUAACUGAAAAAACAGUCCUAAACACCAUGUUUAAAUCAGGGUAUAUCCCUACCAAUACAGAAGCUGACUGGCAUUUAUUUGGUUUAGGCUUAGAUAUGCUGCUAUAUAUUGUUAUAAAAACAAUUAUAUCUAUAUUAAGCUUUACCUGCCCAGUCCCAUUUGGAGUAUUUUCCCCAGUAUUUACAAUAGGUUCAGUAUUAGGAAGAUUAACAGGGUACGUUAUAGAUAAUUCUGUAGGGACAAUUUAUACAGGAGUUUACGCAGUUGUAGGGGCUGCAUCAGUAACAGCCUCAGUCACCCACUCUUUAUCAGUCGCUAUAAUUGUCUUUGAAAUCACUGGUCAGAUUUCCUUUUUACUUCCUAUGAUGGUUUCUGUCCUUAUAUCUUUCGCAAUCAGCAAUUGGCUUGGGAUGUCUAUAUAUGAUGCAAUAUUAGAGCUAAAAGGCUUGCCAUACCUGCCAGGUAUAAAGCCUUCUAAUUUAUAUUCAUAUGCAGCUAAGGACGCAAUUGGAAGCGAUUUUACAUAUGUAAAAAAUGACGCGACUAUCAGAGAUUUCAUAAAUGCAGUCGAAGAAGCAGGAGUUUCCCUGAAUAAAAUCCCUAUUGUAGACGAUAAAAUGACUUUGAUUAAAGAAUUAUCAGUAAGUGGCAUUAGGGAAUAUUUGAAAAAAUAUUACAGCGAGUAUCCUGAAUACUUGCCACCUUUUUCUAGGGAUAGAUUGGACGCUUUUUUUAAAUAUUUGUUAGAAAAUCCUGAUGAUAUGAGCGUUGUGGUCCCUGUGGAUAAUCCUGGAUGGAGAGACGAAGAAGAAGAGCCAGAAAUUAAAGCCUUUUUAGACGCGCCAGUUAAUUUCGACAGUGAUAGCUUGCAGAUUGAUGAAGCGCCGCUUGCAAUACCAGAGACUACACCACUGGCAAAGGUGCAUUUUCUAUUUAUCAUGCUUGGCCUGAUGCAGAUUUAUGUAACUAAAAGAGGAGUGCUAAUAGGAGUGAUUUCAAGAGAUAAUUUCACUAUGAAUAAGUAA